AUGAGAUAUAAAGGCAAUAAAGCUAUGUGUGGAACUAGAUUAUUUAGCACAAGCUUAUGUUUGUCAAUUUCGGAAGGUUUAGGACCUACUCAUAGUAGAAUAAACUUCAAUUUAGGUUAAUUAGAUAAUAAAAAUAUCAAUUAACCUGAUAUUUUUGAAGAUUUAAUUGAAAUAGUUAUCCAUGAAAUAACUCAUGUAUUGGGUUUUAGUAAAAAAUUUAUCAAUAAAUGGGUAAAUACUGACGGAUCUCCUCAUGUUGACCCUAUUAUUAUAUAAGAAAUAAGGGGAGCUGAAGUUAAAUUGCUUAAAACUCCUAACGUUUUGAAGUAUGCUCGAGAAUAUUUCAGGUGUUCUACUUUACCUGGUAUGCCUCUUGAAAAUUAUGGAAGCGAUAGUUCUCAUUGGGAAAGCACAGUUAUUCAAAACGAAUACAUGAUAGCAUAUCAGUCAAAUACUUAACUCUUUUUUAGUAGUUUUACAACCAAUCUUUUAAGAGACACAGGCUUCUAUGCUACAAUUAACGAAUCUAUGGAAGAAAAAACAUACUAUGGAAAAGGAUAAGGCUGUUAAUAUGUCUUAGGUUAAUGCAGAACUGACAAAAGAGAACAUUGUAAUGAGGAUGAUUAGUAUUUAUAAGAAAUGUCAGUUAUAGGAUUUAACGGAAUAAUUAGAUGUCCUGAAAACAUAUAAGAAUUUUGUGGCUAUAAAAAAAUUUGUCCAAAUUUCUGUAGUGCAAAUGGAUAUUGCAAUAACAAUAAGUGUUAUUGUAUAAAAGGAAUAAAUAGUGUAGAUUGCAGUAGUAAUAAAUCUAUAUGA